UAGCAAACCAAACCAAACCAAACAGAACAGUAAAAACUCUCAGUAGCCGUCUUCUAUCUCGAUUCCUUCCCAAGGGUUAGGGUUUAUCCUUGCCCCCAAAAAAUGGACCCAACCAAGAAGCGCAAGCUCGACGAGAACGGCGUCGUUUUGGACACCGACCCCUCCAUCCCCAAGCUCGAUCGCGAAGACGCCCGGAAAAUCAUCGAGCGAUUCACCCCGGAUCAGCUCAUCGACGUCCUCCUCGACGCCAUCUCCCGCCACUCCGACGUCCUCGACGCCGUCCGAUUGAUCGCCGAUCCCGACACCGCCCAGCGCAAGCUCUUCAUCCGCGGCCUCGGCUGGGACACCACCACCGAGGGCCUCCGCAGCCUCUUCUCCGCCUACGGCGAGCUCGAGGAAGCCAUCGUCAUUCUCGACAAGAACACCGGCAAGAGCAAAGGCUACGGCUUCGUCACCUUCAAGCACGUCGACGCCGCCUACCUCGCCCUCAAGGAGCCCAGCAAGAAGAUCGACGGCCGCAUGACCGUCACGCAGCUCGCCGCCGCCGGCAACCAGGGCUCCACCACCGCCUCCGUCAACCCCGUCGACGUCUCGCUCCGGAAGAUCUACGUGGCCAAUGUGCCGUAUGAGAUGGCGGCGGAUAAGCUGCUGGCGCAUUUCGCACAGUACGGCGAGGUUGAGGAGGGGCCGCUAGGGUUUGACAAGCAGACCGGCAAGUGCAAAGGCUAUGCUUUGUUUGUGUACAAGUCUCCGGAGGGUGCGCAGAAGGCGCUGGUUGAUCCCAUCAAGAACAUUGAGGGGAGGCAGUUGAAUUGUAAGUUUGCUAGCGAUGGGAAGAAGCCCAAGAUGGGCGGCGGCGGUGCCGACGGUGGCGCCGGGCAGGGGUCGGUGGGUGGACCGAAUGCCCAUGGAGAUGGGAUGGGGAUGGCUCCGCCGUCGUCGAUGCCUGGGCAGUAUGGCGGGCCCGGUGGGUUUGGGUAUGGGGGGUUUUCGGGUGGCCAACCUCCGUUGGGGCAUCAUCCUCUGGGUGGACCUGUGGGAAAUCAGGGGCCGGGGAGUGGUGGGUAUGGUUCUGGGCUGGGUGGUGCUUAUAAUUACGGUGGGCCCGGUUCUACAGGAUAUGGUUUGGGUGGUGCUGGUGGGUUGGGUGGAGUUGGUGGUGGUGGAGCUCCUGGUAGCGGCACUGGUGGUACUGGGUCGUCUUUGUAUGGAUUGCCACCGAGCUCAGGUGGGUUGCCUUCUGCUAGGUAUCCUGAGGGUGGACCUUAUGGCCUGUCAGCAUUUCAGAAUCAACACCACCAGCCAGGUACAUCACCCUUGCCAAGGGUUCCUCCCGGGGGAAUGUAUCCCAAUGCACCGUAUUACUGAGGUGUAUGACCGCUUGUUGGGAGCUGAUGCUUUAUGUGGUUCUGGUGAUUUGCGUGAUUGCAGAGUAUAUGCUCUCGUUUGAUGAUUGUAUUAGCUGUGCUUUUAUCGCCACUUCCUCUGUGCAUCUGCACCUUUUAAGAUGUAGUUCAUUUCUGAGUAAUGGUAGCCAGCGUGACUAAAUUAGAUUAGUUUGUAUUCUGUCAGGAACUGAAGUGUUGCUUGCUUUUUUAUUUUAAUUUUAUGAAGUAUAGUUUUAUUUCAUAUAAUUAUAAGUUUAUAUUUUCUUUUACUAUGAGAAAAUAUGUAUGGUGGUGGUUGCUCUGAUAUUGUACUCGAAGAUUCUGUUAUUUUUGAUGUGGCUUUAUUUGUAUGGAGGAUUUCAAGCUGGUUGCUUCUGGGUUUAA